ACCCCUUUGAAUCUUUUGCAACUUUUCUACAUAUACGUAAAUCUCACCUUCUAGGCUCCUCCAACUCGUCAAAAUUUUCCCCGGGGAGUUUUGAUAUUUGGUUGGACCAUUUAAAGUGAAAUCUCCCAGAGAUCUUUGCGUUUUCAAUCUCAACCUCACACGAUCUGUCUUAAUCUGGUGUUCUUUUUUUUUUUGGGUUUUUCUUAACACUUUAUCCUCUAUUUGAAACAACAUAAUAAGAGUUUUGUGUGUUGGUUGUAAGAGAAAAGGACUUGUUAAGCAGUUAGAAAAGUGGUGGUUGAGGUUUCGGUUUCGUUUUACACGAGAUAAGUUAGGGUUUCUUGUUGAUCUUUCCACAAGAAAGUUGUCUUCUUCUUCUUCUUCUUCUUGUGAUUUCUCCGCCUAAUUUUUUGGUGGAUUUUAAAACCCCCCCAAGUCUGUGUCUCUUUGUUUGUAUCGAGUCUGUUUUGUUAUUACUACAAUGGAACCAUCAUCUGGAGUCGGUGCUGAGAAGAGACCACCAAUCGUUGACUUGGUCAAGGAUAAAAAUGGAACCGAUCAGAUUCUUCUUCAGAGUCCUAAAGGCGCUUCUGUUAAGAUUAGUUUACAUGGAGGACAAGUUCUUUCUUGGAAGACUGAGAAGGGUGAUGAAUUGUUAUUCACCAGCGCCAAGGCCAACUCGAAGCCUCCCCAUCCGGUACGAGGAGGAAUCCCUAUAUGCUUUCCUCAGUUUGGAACUCGAGGAUCACUGGAGCAACACGGGUUUGCAAGAAACAAGAUGUGGCUUGUGGAAAACAAUCCACCUGCUUUACCUUCAUUUGACUCAACCGGCAAAGCCUUUGUCGAUUUGGUACUUAAGUCAUCCGAUGAAGACACUAUGAGGAUCUGGCCUCACAGCUUUGAGUUUCACCUGAGAGUCUCAUUGGCAUUAGAUGGGAACCUAACACUGAUAUCACGAGUCAGAAACAUCAAUUCAAAGCCUUUUAGCUUUGCCAUUGCCUAUCACACUUACUUCUCCAUUUCCGAUAUUAGUGAAGUUAGACUUGAAGGGCUGGAAACUCUCGACUAUCUUGAUAACUUGCACGAGAAAGAACGUUUUACAGAGCAAGGCGAUGCACUAACCUUUGAAUCUGAGAUCGAUAGAGUGUACCUAAAUUCUAAAGACGUGGUUGCUGUUUUCGACCAUGAAAGAAAACGCACAUUCCUCAUCAGGAAAGAAGGUCUACCUGAUGUCGUGGUAUGGAAUCCAUGGGAGAAGAAAGCUAGAGCACUGACGGAUUUGGGAGAUGAUGAGUAUAAACACAUGUUGUGUGUUGAUGGAGCAGCUAUUGAGAAACCCAUCACCUUGAAACCGGGUGAAGAAUGGACCGGGAAAUUAAACCUCUCGCUUGUCCUAUCCACCUGAAAUAACCGAUACCGGUUAUUGGAAAACCGAUUCUUCUGUGUGUCUUUUCAUUGGCUAUUGUUUUUUUAUGUAUAGUCAGUCUAUAGAAGAACAUCACAGUGUGUGUGAUUGAUUCUUCGGUAUCAGAAUCCGAAAUAUUAAAAAGGAAACCUGAGAUUUGAAAAGGUCACCCAUUUUUAGGAAGUGACUAGAUAAGAUCCUGGUUUUGUGCGAGAUUUAACUUGUGCAUGAAGAUAUUGUUAUACUAUGAAAUUUGUAUUAUUUUAUUUGGUUAAAUCUUCAUUAAUAAAUAAAGCUUUCUUGUUC